UCCCCCGCCUCCACCGCACUACCCAGCUCCGGACCUGCACAGGGAGUUGGGUGUUUGUCGCUGGCGUGAGCGGCGUUCUGGGCUGAGGUCGGCACAGACAGCACCCCGGGGAGUCCCGACCCGAAGUUGCUGUUCGGCCGUGGCAGUUCCGGAGCCUCCCGCCUGCGGCCCGCGGAACACCCGAAGCCUGGGUGAGGUGAGCGGCGGAGGCUCGGCAGGAUGCGGGAGGGAGGACCGGGCUUCGGGAGGAUGCGGCGCCGGGGUAUGGGACAAAGGCCCAGGAGGCGCGAGCCGGGCCUUUGUGGGCGCCGGCGGGCCGAGGGCCGGGCACCCCGGCUCUGUCCGCCUGCCGCCACCAGCCAUCCCACAGUACCCGUGAACGAGACAGGUCGGGCACUUCGUCCCCAUUGGCUGGACCCAGCCACCCUUCUGCUUCCUCCCGACCCGUUCCCAGUGCGCUACCUGCCCAGCGCCUUACGGCAUUUGAAUUUGUUUCGGGCCGGCAGUGAACGUGAGAAAUUUCCUCCCCUUACCAUCACUCCUGCACUCCCGAGUGACAGGCUUGUUUUGCGCGAGAAGUGAGUCGCCGGCUUCCCCCAGUGGCAGAGCCAGGACUGGAACCCAGGUUUUUGGUUUUCUGUGCCCUUUUCUCAGGACAGCAGCCCCCUCCCCGCCAUAGGAGAGCUGAUGUUUUCCCUUUCCGAAAAAGCUUUCUCUAGAAAUCUGGAAAUUGUUUCCUUGACAGGAGGGGGAGGAAUUGGGUGGGAAGGCUUGAGGUGGAGAAAAGUUGUCACAUGCACGCAGGGAGGUUAGAGCAGGUGCUCUGGAGCCCGCGGUGCUUGGAAUCCUGGUGCCACCCUCCCUGGCUGUGUGGACUGGGGCAAGUUGAUCCCACUCUGCCCUCAGUUUCCUGAUCUAUAAAAUGGGGUGCUGACAGUGCCAACUGUGCUGUGGGACUCGAUGAUGUAUUGAUAGGUAGUGCCUGGCACGCGGUGAGGCUCAGGGAGUUGCUGCUACUGCUGAUGGAGUCCUAGGACCUUUUCCUCUGACCCAGGGAAAGAGCUGGGCCUGGACCAGGACCCAGCCCUUCUCUCUGGUCCUGUCUACUCCUAGCUCCUGACUUCCUUCCUGAGGGCACAUGGCAUCAUUCUCAGGUGGUGUAAAGGUUUCAGAGCUGCUGAUUCUGAGGGGUGCAAAGCAGAAGGGGCUUCCUCCUGGCUCCCAUUUUCUUCUCUCAGAUUUGGCUUCUGGAGACUUCUCCCAACCUAAGGGGAAACUGCCCAGAAAGAGGACAUGGCUACUGAACAGAGGGAAGCAAGGUCUCAGCUGUCAGUGACGUUCGAAGAUGUGGCUGUGCUCUUUACGCGGGAUGAGUGGAGAAAGCUGGCUCCUUCACAGAGAAACUUGUACCAAGAUGUGAUGCUGGAGAACUAUAGCAACUUGGUGUCAUUGGGACUCCUAUUUUCCAAACCUGAGGUGAUCUCCCUGUUGCAGCAAGGAGAAGAUCCCUGGAAGGUAGAGAAAGAAAGCCCUGGAGGCUCCUCUGUAGGAUGUAAGAGCAGUCCUAAAACCACAAAGUCAACUCAAACUCAAGACUCAUCAUUUUGGGGGCCAGUAAGGAAAAGACUCCAAAAAAAUGAACCCUGGAACUUCAUAUCAGAAAAAUCCUGCUUAUAUGAAGACAGAAUAAAGAAACAGAAGGACAAAAAUGAAAGUUUACAAAUAAUUUCAGUCACCCAUACAAAGAUCCUCACUGUAGAAAGAAGCCAUAAAAAUAAUGACUUUGGCCAGAAUUUCAGCCUGAAAUCAGUGUUUGUUAAGCAACAAAAGACUGCUAGAGAAAAAACACCCUCAAAAUAUGAAAUACAAAGAAAUAGCUUCAGGCAGGAUUCAAAUUUACUUAACCAACCAAAAAUCAAGACAGCAGAAAAACGCUAUAAAUGUAACAUUUGUGAAAAAGCCUUCAUUCACAAUUCAUCCCUUCGUAAACAUCAGAAAAACCAUACUGGAGAGAAAUUAUUUAAAUGUAAAGAAUGUUUGAAAGCCUUCAGCCAAAGUUCAGCUCUUAUUCAACAUCAAAGAACUCAUACUGGAGAGAAACCCUAUAUAUGUAAAGAAUGUGGAAAAGCCUUCAGCCAUAGUGCAUCCCUUUGUAAACACCUAAGAACCCAUACUGUGGAAAAAUCCUAUAGAUGUAAAGAAUGUGGUAAAUCCUUCAGCAGAAGGUCUACCCUUUUUAUACAUCAAAAAAUCCACGCUCGAGAAAAUCCCCACAAAUAUAACCCAGGAAGGAAGGCAUCCAGUUGUAGCACAUCCCCUUCUGGAUGUCAGAGAAUUCAUCUCAGAAAGAAGUCCUAUUUAUGUAAUGAAUGUGGCAAUACCUUUAAGUCUAGUUCAUCUCUUCGUUAUCAUCAGAGAAUUCACACAGGAGAGAAACCUUUUAAAUGUAGUGAAUGUGGGAGAGCGUUCAGUCAGAGUGCAUCUCUUAUUCAACAUGAAAGAAUUCACACUGGAGAAAAGCCUUAUAGAUGUAAUGAAUGUGGAAAAGGUUUCACUUCUAUUUCACGACUUAAUAGACACCGAAUAAUUCAUACUGGAGAGAAACUGUAUAAUUGUAAUGAAUGUGGUAAAGCCUUAAGUUCCCACUCGACACUCAUUAUUCAUGAGCGCAUUCAUACUGGAGAGAAACCAUGUAAGUGUAAAGUGUGUGGGAAAGCCUUCAGACAAAGUUCAGCUCUCAUUCAACAUCAGAGAAUGCAUACUGGAGAAAGACCCUAUAAAUGUAAUGAGUGUGGGAAAACAUUCAGGUGUAACUCAUCCCUUAGUAAUCACCAGAGAAUUCAUACAGGAGAGAAACCGUAUCAAUGUCUGGAAUGUGGGAUAUCCUUUGGCCAAAGUGCAGCUCUUAUUCAACAUCAAAGAAUUCAUACAGGAGAAAAACCCUUUGCAUGUAGUACAUGUGGGAAAACUUUUAGGCAGAGCUCAUCACUUAUUGCGCAUCAAAGAAUUCAUACUGGAGAGAAACCCUAUGAAUGUAAUGCAUGUGGGAAACUCUUCAGCCAGAGGUCGUCCCUUACUAACCAUUAUAAAAUUCACAUUGAAGAGAACUCCUUCAAAGUGGAUUUGCAUGUGUGAAAUCCUUAAACCAAAGCUUAUUAGAAUACAGUUGGCCUUGCUUAUCUCUGGGUUCCACAUCCACUGAUUCAAAUAACUGCAAAUUUUAAAUAUUCAGAAAAAAAAUUCCAGUAAGUUCCAAAAAGCAAAAUUUAAAUUUACCACACACCAGCAACUAUUUUCAUGGCAUUUGCAUUGUAUUAGGUAUUACAAGUAAUUUAGAGAGGAUGUGCAUAGGUUAUAUCUAAAUUCUACACCAUUUUAUAUAAGGGAAUUGAUCAUCCUCAGAUUUUGGUAUCUGUUGGGGGGGGGUCCUGGAAACAGUCCCCAAUAGAUACUGAGGGACAACUGUAUACAUACUAGAGAAUGAUUUAGUAAAUGUAAUGAAUAUGAUAAAAUUUCUAUUUUAAUUUAGUCCUCACAGUUAUUAAAGUCUAAGGAUAAAUCUUGACUGUGUAAUAAAUACGUGGGACACUUUCAUACCUGUCAGUCACUUUUUUAAAUAUCCUGAGACAAAUCACAAAAUACUGAUUUUGGCCAUUUGUAAGAUAAAAGGUAAGGUUUUUCUCUUAUACAGCAUUAUACACUUUAUGCAACACAUAAACAGAAAAAUUUGGAUGCAGGGGUACUGGAUUUCUCAUUAGAAACCAACUGUAUAAGCUAAUAGCAUAUUUAUUACAACUAACAUUUUAAUAGCAAACAAAAUCUUAAAAUAUAUGCACUUAUAGAGCCAAGGACCAAAUAAUAGAUAAAAAUAAACUGCAAACUACCUCAGUCUGGAACUUGCCUUUUCUUAAACUAUUGUCAAACUUUGUACAUGGUUUUCAUCAAAAAAGAGGCAAAACAAAAACAAAACCCUCUGUUCUCUUCCUCCUUUAUUUUUCUAGUUACUUCCAAACUACACAUGUUUCCCAAAUUUUUAUGCAAUUUCUAAUUUUGUUUUUAGAAUUAUUUUUCUUUGUAUUGAAGUCAUAUUUAUUCUAUAACUGUACUUGCUAUGUUCUAUACAGCGUGCUAAUUUAAGUAGGAAAAAUAUACUUUGAUUAGGUAAUCACUUUGAAGUUAAAGCUGUUUUUUUAGUUCACUGCAGAAGAAUUCCUAAGAACCUAUCACCUGUAGCAAAGUCUUAAAAAGGGAUCAACUUCAUGAAAUAAAAGCAUGUUUUCCCCACUUGAGGUUUUCUAAUUUUUUAAAAUCUCAGACUCCAAAGGAAAAUAAAAGAAGGGAAAGAAUUCUAAACCAUUUAAAAGCCAGUUUACUCAGUAAAUGUUUCUUUAACCCCUGAGCCAGGUAUUAUCCCAGGCACUGGAAAUUGUUCAGGAGAAAAGAACAGGCCUUCAAGAAGUCAUGAAUUGAGGGGCAAAAGGAGAGGGUUGAAGAGGUAACAAAGUAAGUAAAUUACCAUGUGUUAGAGUAGUUUUCACAGAGAAAUAGAUGAUACAAUGAUACUAUGUUACCGAACACAAAUACUGUAGAGAUUUGUGCAGGAUGUGGAAAGAAAGAAUGGACCUAACGAAGGGAACCCCAAAGGAGCAGGGACAGUCAUUCCUGAGCCCAAUUUUGGAAGAAUAAUGGAAAUUCUCCAGAGAGUGAGAUGAGUGCUUCAAGGGGAGGGAGCCACAUAAGCAAAGGUAAAGGUGGGUGACAGCAUGACAUGUUUGUAGAACACCUGUUAAGUUGUGAGAAUGACAGGUUGAAGCUUGAAAAGAAGGCAGAACUGAAGGUCUUACUGCCAUCCUAAAGAACUUGAAUUUGAUUCUGAAAUUUCUAGAACCAAUGAAAGAUUUUAUAUAAGGGAAAUUGUUCUGGCAGUAAGGUGUAGAGACUGAAUUUAGGAGGUUGAAGACAGCUGAACAGACAAACCUAGAAGACUAGAGCCAGAAGACUAGAAUUCAGAGUAAUUACACAGUUGGUAGUCAAAACCACACUAUGUGAACUUGGCCAGCAGAGUGUACAGAUUAGAAUGAGAAGCAGGGAUCAUGGAUAAACCCUACAAAAAAUAUCAGUAAAUAAGGAGUUGGUAGAGGAAAAGGAAUUUAACUAAGAUGAAAUGGAAUGGCCCUAGAGGUAGGAGAAAAGCCAGAAGAGUGAUGUUACUGAGCCCAAAGGAGAACUGAAUCUCUGUAGUGUCGGGUGCCACAGAUCACAUAACAGAGUAAAUUGGAAUUGGUAGCUAGAAUGUUGGAGACCUUGGCAAGAGCAAUUUCUGUUAAUUAGGGUGAACAGAAGCCACAUUAUUCUAGGUUAGAAGAUGAGAACUAGUGCGCUGUUUUACACUAUGUUUCAAGAAGUUUAAAUGAAGGGAAGAAAAGAGGGUUGCAUUUAGAAGGGAGAAAAUUACUUAGGGAGCAUUUCUGUGUUAAGUGAGGCAAUGUAUACACAUGUUGAAGAUGAACUAAUGAGAUCAUUGUGUGGAACAUAUUUUCUGAGAGAUUCUGAAAGAAUUAGAGCAUAGGUGGAAGACUUUACCUUAGGCUGGAGAGAAAGGUAGCCUACAGAAAGAUAGGAAUGCAGAUAAGUUUCUGUUAUAAUUUGAAGGUGAAGGAAUUUCUAUCUGCUGACCUUAUUUUCUGUAAAGCCGGAGAAAGAUUUCACUUUUUUAAGAUGUUGACUAUAGUAGCAAUUUUUGGAUCUUUGGGUGCUUAAAAAUGUUAAUGAGUUUCAAUCUGUGUUUUGGAGACUUUUUAGGAAGUCAUGGCUCUGAGUUCACUCUAUACUCAUGUUUCAGUAAGAAAGCUCCACUUUUAUUCUAUAUGUUUGAUAUCUGUUACUUUUUGUGUUUUUUUUUAAGAAAAGAAUUUGCUGGUAAAUUAAAGUUUAAAAAGUACUUAGGAUAAGAAAGAAUGCUUUAAAAGAGUGAUAAGUCUGAACAGAGACUGGAAAGGAUUAUAGGAGUUCAACAAGUGCGUGGAGGUAGAUGGAAAGACAUUCACGUAGGGGAAAAGUUUGUGCAAUGGAAAGGAAGCAUAAGAGGACAUGAUGUCCUCACUGUACUCUUGUAAGUAGUAUUUUCUAAACUUCAUUUUCCAAUUAUUUGUUACUAGUACAUAGAAACAAAUUGAUUUUUAUAUAUUGACCGUAUAGCCAAUAACCUUGCUAAAUUGACUUUUUCUAAUAGCUUGUUUGUAGAUUCUUUGGAAUUUUCUGCAAACACAAUGAUCAUCUGUAAAUAAUGACCAUUUUAUUUUUCUCUUCUAGUUGUAAUACAUUUAAAAUUUUCUUCUUACAUUAUAGUACUAUAUACAAGCCAGUACAAUGUUGAAUAUGAAUGAUGGCAUUCAUUUUUCACCAUUUAAUGAUGUUACCUUUAAUUUGUCUGUGGAUAUCUGUUAUCAAAAUAGAAACAUACCCCUGUAUUCCCAGUGUGCUGUGAGUUUUUAUCAUAAAUGGGAGUAGUAUUUUGUCAUAUUUAUUUUCUGCAUUUAGUGAAAUAAUCAUAAUUUCUCUCUUCACACUUUUAAUAGGUGAUUAUAUGGACUGAAUUUUUAUGCUAACCGAUGUGUUCCUGAAAUAAAUUCUACCUGGUCAUGAUA